UAUUGACAGUUGGAUUAAUUUUGUCCACAAGGAAUCCGUCUUUAAAACUAUAAAGCCAUCGAAAAAAAAAAAUUCACGUGUAUUUUAAUAUUAAUUAAUUAACUUUUCUAAAAAAAAAAAAAAUGGAAUUAAACAUUUGUCCUGGUUUUUCAAUUAGUGAACAAAUUAUUCGCGAUAUCGCGUAUUUAAAAACUGAGGGCUUAGGACCAGAGGAGAUUAAUAAAAUAACAGUUCGUAUUUAUACAUGCGGUAAACGUUAUAUCGGUCGAUUUGGACGUUAUUUUCUCCUUUCAUUUGACAAUACACCACAAAUUCUUCGUUGUUUUGUAAAAAUUCCACCAUCAUUAAAUAGCAAUGAAGAAAGUUUAGUACGAAAUUUAGGAUUAUUUAAUCGUGAAGCUGAAAUGUAUGCUAUUGUAUUUCCAAAAAUAAUGAAAUUAGAAGAUUCUGAUAUAAUACCAAAAUUUUAUUAUGCACAAAUGAAUCAUGUUCUUGUUAUUGAUGAAAUGGGAACAAAUAAUUAUCAAACAAUUGGAAAAAUGUGUUGCAUUGGAUAUGAACAUUGUUGUUGUGUUUUAAAAACAUUGGCGCGUUUUCAUGCGCGUUCAAUUAUUUAUGAGGAAAAAGUUAGUGGUUAUAGUUUAUUGGACGAUUGUGAAAUAACAUGGCAAGUUAGAUUACAAUUACGACCAUAUGAUAGUUUAAUGCAAAAAUAUUAUUCAGGAAUUGGUCAUAGUUUAACUGAAGUAUUUCAAUUUAUACCACAAUUAUUGACACUCGAUGUAAAACGUUUUAUUCAUGAAUUUCAAAAAGCAGCAAAUGCACUAUUUCCAACAAUUACGGAUAAAGAAUUUUCCAGUAUGAGAGUACUAUGUCAUUCUGAUUUACAAACAUCAAAUCUUUUAUUUUCCUACGAUGAAGAUGAUAAUCCUCAUAAAUGUUGUAUGAUUGAUUUUCAAUUUGUCAAAUACUCAUCGUUGGCUUAUGAUAUAUGGACAUUUUUAUAUGCAUCAGCUGACAAGGAUUUGAGAACUGAACGUGUCAAUGAUUUCUAUCAGGUUUAUUAUCAGGAAUUGGCGAAAUAUUUGACAGAAGGUGGUGUCGAUGCUGCAAAUAUAUUUCCAUAUGAGGAAUAUGUGAGUUUAAUGGAAAAGGAUCGUGUCUAUGGUAUGUUGCAAGGUGUCUUGGCAAUAUAUCAUGUUCUUCAUCAAGAAGUAAAAGUCAAAUAUGGACCAAAUUAUAGAAAGACGUGGCAUAAAAUAUGGCAAAAUUCACCAGAAAUUGAUAGUGAAGAAUAUGAUAAAAUUCGACGUUUAAAAAAUAGAAUUGUCGAAUCAUUAUUAGAAUUAUAUUCAUCGCUUAUGAAUAGAGAACCAAGUGACGAAUCAGAUGAAAGUGAUUAUCCAACAUCACGAAAUAUAUCCGAAGACGAAUCAUCAGAUGUUUCAGUUGAAAAUGGAUUAAGAAUGCAAACAGAUAAUGAACAAGAUGAUGAAGCUGAUGACGCUGACAAUGAUGAGGAUGAUGAUGACGACGAUGAUGAUGAUGUUGACGAGCAAAUGUUAAUUAAUUUUGUAAUGCAUCGUUAAAAAAAGAAUAAUUUUUAUAUUUAAAUUUUUUUUUAAUUAAAAUCAAAAUCUUUGACAGUAUUAAAUUUUAAAUAAAAUUGAUAAAUUAUUUUGUUCUUAAA